UUGUUGCCACAUCUGAAAGAUAAGACUACGUCGUUUUGGGCUGGCUUCGACAACCCUCGUGCGUUUUGAUUUGAGCGGGCUAAACCCUUCCCAACACUCUCACUGUCCACCGCCGGCCGCCGUGGUUUCGCAGCAAAACGGGCCGACCAAUCUCCGAUUUUCAGCGAACUCGUCCUUGAGUCUGGAGCAGCAGUAAUGACAACCAGAAUAUGCGUUGCGAUUAGGUCGUUUGAGAAACACCCAUUGGGACUUCCAGCUUGCACGCGGAGGGUUCGGUUGCCUGACAAACGUGUCUUGUACACUGUGCUACGAUCACCUCAUGUUGAUAAGAAGUCCAGAGAACAGUUCCAUAUGAUAACCAAGAAACAACUUCUGGUCAUAGACACAAAAGCUAAUGAGUUGCAAAAGAAGUUCUUUUGGUUGAAGCGCCAGCGUAUACUUGGAGCUCAGUAUGAGAUUAUAUUCAAUUCCAAGACCCGUUUGGACAAGGGAAAGCUCCAGGCUCUGCUUAAUAAGGAAACUGAAACAUCUCCUGCAGCAGACUUGGGGUUGAAGUCGAUAAUUUCCAGUUGAGAAGGUGUUUCUUUGUAAACAGACCUGCAUUCUGUAGAAGACUAGAAGUUGAUGGCUAUGAUCGGACUUAUCAUUGAAGAAGACCUCACUUUACCUCAUACAUCUAAUCGUAGUACAAAGAUUUCAGUCAUUUCAUCAGAAUUUGGUUGCAAAUAAUUAUUUAGCAAUUUUUGUGGUUAGUUUUUUUGUGUAAAACAACUUUUCCGCUUCUGUGAAAUAAGGUAUGCAUCAGCGUUGCAAUAUUCAUGUC